GCCCUGCCUGGAUCUCUAUAUAACUGCUCUUGGACGACACUUUCCUCAGCUCUCGGAUCAAAAGACACCCAUCCAUAUCAUCAGUCUCGACUCUCCAGGUCGAGAAACGCCUGCUUGCCCACAGCACGAGAGGAGAGUCUGAAGGCCUUCGUAUUUCCUUAAGCAGUCACGCUGCAAUCCUCGUCAGACAUCAACCAUCGUCCAUUGUCUACCAUCCCAUCAAGCGACCACUCUCUCCUCCAACCUGAGAGUUGACUGUACAAUGAGUGGCCGACAAGGUUGCGUCCCGUUGCUGGCGCCUGAGGGUGGCGAGUACGAAUACGCGGGCUACAGCUACGAGUACUCGGGCGAGUACACGGGCGAGCACGCGGCCGGCGGAAACUCUGGAGGCCAGGGCACCUCGGGAGGCGGCGGCAAGGACGACAAGCCCAAGCGCAGCAAGAGCAAGAAGAAGAAGGAGGUCAAGCCGCCCCCGGGCAAGAGCCGUAGCGGGUACAACUAGGCAGCGUCCCCUCCAGCACCCGUCAUUUUCCUCUCUCAUGGAGAAAGCGACGCUUUCCCGCCAAUUCUUUUGUCUCCCUUUCCUGCCCUCCAAAUGACCACGUCUUCCUGUCACGAUUCUUGUUUUUUUUUUCAUUAUCCUAUUCUAUUCUACACUCUCCUUCGUACCGUCCUUACCAAUGUGUAUAAACCGGUCCUGUUUUUCUC